AUGUCUGCUGCUCAGUUUCCCUCACUAUUCACUAUGACUGCCUUAGAGCAGCAGCCCCGCGUGGCAGCGGAAAUGGAGCCAGAAGUGCACCAAUCCCAUGAGCCCGUUGUCGGUGAGCUCAUUUUCGACAAAUUUGCCCAAUCGAGACCACGUCCAGAAUCGUUUUCCGAAGCUGGUGUUUCUGUCAAGACAGAACUGGAAACUCCGCUUCUCGGAAACAUUCCCUUGAUUAGCAACGGCCUUGAAGAUGGCGCGGACGAACUGGAUCAUUUCUUCGCUUCCAGUGCCGACUCGACACCCUUAUUUGGCCUUGAAAGUGUCGAAUCUGACCCUCAAACUUGGCAAUCUCUCUUUGAUGAUGACAUUGCAGUAAGUGUUGCCGACUCGGGUUUGAACCACAUUUCUAACACUGAAGAGGCUUCCGUUGAUACUUUCGAAGAGACUUCAACUGCUAUUGACCAAAACUCAUUUUUGCCAACUCCUGUCAUUGAAGAGGCAAAGAUUCCUGGCGUUGGUAAGAAGUCUCCAUCAACCGGCAUGGUGCAGAAACCCUCCAACUUAGACAAGCUGGGAUUCGUACCUUACACCCGUAAAAAUCGUGCUGCUCCUUUGACGCCUGUCAUUCCAAACUCUGAUGACCCCGUAACAGUCAAGCGUGCUAGAAACACUGAAGCUGCCAGACGUUCUCGUGCGAGGAAAAUGCAGCGUAUGAGCCAGCUCGAGGAUAAAGUAGAAGAACUUCUGAAGAAAAAUAGUGCUUUGGAACACGAAGUUGCUAGUUUGAGAUCACUUCUCGGCAACCAAUGCUAA